UCAAAGCCAAGCUGCUGUGGAAACGCACUUCCCUACCAUUUCCUUCCCCACAAAUUCUCCGAAAACGUCGGUUUCUUUCUCACAUCUUCGACAGACAAAACACACGCACACACUCCAUCACACACACACGAGGAAUAACGUUUUGAUCAACACCUGAAACAAAAUUAAACAGCGUUUGUUACUUUUGGCUCUACCUUGAAGACAUAUAAAUAUGUAUCUGUUAUAUACAAGUUCUUGAGAGGAAGACCAGAAGUGCAGGUGCAGUUGAAGUAUCUGUUAGUUUAUAGUCUACAUACAUGUUGGUCGUUCAUGGAAAGACGAAGCCCUCAAGCAUCUACGGAUUGAUGCUGAGAGAACCUAAACAUAGGAGAUCAUACUUGUGCAGCUUCUUUCCUACAGCUUCUCUGUUGUUUCUGGCAGUCUUAGUCGGAAGUAUAUAUACGGCGCUCCAAUACAAAGAGAAAAUUUUGAAUUGGAAGUUGGAGGAAAAUCUUCUGCGUACAUGUGAGAACCACUGUAGGCCUCCUGGAAGUAAGCCAUUGCCCAAAGGUAUUGUUGCCAAGACUUCUAACCUGGAAAGAAGACCAUUAUGGGGUUUGCCAAAGAAAUCAAACUCUUCAAGGAGCUUGUUCGCUAUGGCUGUUGGGUUAAAACAAAAAGAAGCAGUAGAUCAGAUGGUCAGAAAGUUUCUGUCGAGUAAUUUUGUUGUGAUGCUUUUUCAUUAUGAUGGUGUCGUGGAUGGAUGGAAGGAUUUAGAGUGGUCUGAAAGUGUGAUACAUGUAUCUGCUUUGCAUCAAACAAAAUGGUGGUUCGCUAAACGAUUUCUACAUCCAGAUAUAAUUGCAGAAUAUGAUUACGUUUUCCUAUGGGAUGAAGACCUUGGAGUAGAAAACUUCAACCCUGAGCGAUAUCUAUCAAUUGUGAAGGAUGAAGGACUUGAGAUAUCACAGCCAGCACUUGAUAUUGGGCAAUCAGAGGUGCAUCAUCAAAUUACUGCACGUGGGAGAAAAUCGAAUGUGCACAGGAGGACAUACAAGCCUGGUGGGAAGGGAAUUGGAUGUGAUGGAAAUAGUACGGCUCCUCCUUGUACAGGGUGGAUAGAAGUAAUGGCUCCAGUUUUUUCAAGAGCAGCCUGGCGCUGUGUAUGGUAUUUGAUCCAGAAUGAUUUGAUCCAUGCGUGGGGCUUAGAUAUGCAUCUUGGCUACUGUGCACAGGGAGAUCGAACUCAAAAUAUUGGUGUGGUUGAUGCUGAAUACAUUGUCCAUUAUGGCCUCCCAACGCUCGGAGAGCAUGAGAAAAAGACAAAUACUUCUGAAUCCAAAAACUUGACCGAUUCGGAAACACAUGUAGAGAGCCCGUCUAACCCAAUCAACUUCAGAGUUGAAGUAAGAAGACAGUCGUUUAACGAGUACAAGAUAUUCAGAAGGCGAUGGAAGAAAGCUGUUGAGGAGGAUCGGUGUUGGACUGAUCCAUACACAGAGCCAAUAAAGGAGAUCACCAUCUAAAUGGAGUCUUCUUUCUUUUCUUUUUUUUUUCUUUGGGAGGGUGUGUUCUUCCAAGGUUGUAUUCAUUGAUGUCAUUUCGGCCAGUUGAAACCAAGCUUAUCCACAACAGGCCAUAGGACUCCCCUCUUUAGUUUUAAGUCUUGCCAUUGGAUAGCAGACUUCAACAUUUGAAGAAACUAGAGACAGGUACAGAGACUAGAGUCAGGAAACAUGCAGGUUGGACACCUUCUAUCUAUACAAGAGAAAAAACAAGAAAAAGAUAGCCAGAAAAGCCAUAGUAUAUAUUGUAUAGUCUAUGGUUAAGAGCAAAUAAUUUUAGAUUGAACCAUUAAAUUUCUUGAUUUUCCUUCCCAGUUUUUCCUUUUCGCACACAAUCUGUAAUAUAAUUGUAAAGGAACUCUGAUAUCGUCAGUUAACAUGAA